AUGUCAACAUAUCUUAUGAAUGAACUUGCAUUUGCCAUAAUUAACAAUCAAUCAAUAUUUGUUAGUGAAAUAGAACUAGAUGAGUGUGAUAGUGAAGGAGAUGAUAUAGAAGAUAUAGAGGAAGUAGAAGAGACAAUUACUGAAUUCAAGAUUCAAGAGUCAUCUGCAAAAACAAUCUGGUCUCUUAUAUCAAUUGUUCAUAUGUUAACUGAGCAAGCAUUCAAAGGAACGAUCUUUACUGACAAAGAAAAGACUGUGUCAGCAAAUAUUGUCAACUUUCUUUGGCCUUUUGUUCAAAAACACACAAUUGACAAUCAUCUUCCAGAGCCACACAUCUUAAUAUAUGCACCACUAGCAGCAUUAGCAAACUAUAUUGCAACUAUUACUGCUGCUGGAGUGUAUGAUGUACCAGUUGAUGAUACAAACUGGAUUACUAACUCUAAUCAAGCAGAAAAGAAUAAACCUGUCAUUUUUUUAACACAAAUAAAAUACAGAAAGGCAAAGCCUGGCAAAGCAUUCAUCAAAUUAAAUUUUGAAGCAAGAAUUAAAGGCAAGAAAGGCAAUGUUAACAUCUCCAAGUUCACACCAAACACAGAGAUGUCAAUUUCAAAAAUAGAAGCAACAGCUGAAAAAUAUACAUUACAGGUCAAAGACUUAACUAAAAUCCUGACACCUUUACAUAAAGAGAUUUCACAGCUUGAGCUACAGCGAAUGGAUCUUGUCAGGAAAGUGGGAAGGACAGCAUGGGAUCCAGGCUCCGCUAAUUAUCAAAAAUUAAAAGAAAUCAGGCAUGAGAUAGCAACUAAACAAUUUGAAGCUAUCAAAUUAGAGAAGGCACUUGCAAAGGCUAGAAAUAAGACUAAAAAAAAAUUCUUGAAUGGAAUUAAAAAGGAGGACUACAUAGAAAAGAUGGAUUUACUUCCAGUAAUCAUGAGGCAUCUUUCUUCACAGAAGAGAGUUGUUUUUUUGGGGACAGACCCUGGUACCAUCAUAACAUCUAUUACCUCACCAAGGCCACUUGAGACCAUCUUUGCUGAUAUAAACUGCUUCAAUAUCCUUGCUUCUCUUGAGGAUAACUCUCAAAAUGACAAUGAUAACUCAGAACUUACACCCCAUAAGUUUGAUGUUGAAUUUCUUCCAAAACCCUUUAAAAUCACUUCUGGUCUCAUUAACAAUGUUACCUUUUUGAAGAAGCACCAAAAAAAAACAUCAACAACAAAAGCAUGGCAUAGAUAG